UCCAUAAUGCCUGCUUGAACUUACCCUUCCAGUUGUUUUUGGUGAUUCAACAUGGCAGUAAUAGCAAAGGUUGUUGUGUUGGUUCUCAUUGCUAGUUUCAGUAAUGUCUUCUGUCUUCCAAAGAGAGAUGUUGUUGUUGUCGUCAAUAUUGAGGUUGAUUGUUCUACAACACCAAAUCCCAACAACCAGACCCAAACUGAAGCUGAGGGUGGUGCAAGUGAAGAUUUCCAAGCAGGCACUCCAGCUCCUAAUGCCAACAAUCGGACUGCUACUGCACAACCUGAUGUUACUGAUGGGGCAAGUGAAGAUGAUGUGGUAACUUCAACCCCAAGUCCCCAAAACCAGACAACACCUGCUGUCCAAACUGGAGAUGCUGGAGAUGGGACAAGUGAAGAUGAUGUGGUAACUUCAACCCCAAGUCCCCAAAACCAGACAUCAACUGCCACAGAUGGUCCAAGUGAAGAUGCUGAGGUUGCCGUGACAACCCAGAAUGCCCAAAACCAGACUACAUCAACCCACACUGUAGGAACUGAUGGUGUUAGUGAGGAUCAUGUGUUGACCUCUGUACUGAACCUGCAAAAUGGGACCACCUCUGCCCAAGAUGGAAUCACCAUUACUGACUCCUGCAGUGAUCCCUCAAAAUGCUAACAUCAAUGGCACUCCUUCAGUCAUGGGCUUUCUCCAUUUUUGUAUUCAAUAAAGGCCAGAUUUUCUUAACCAA